GCGGCAACCUUGAGUGAACAGCACCUCAGGCAGGUAAGUGCUCACCUGAGAUGCCGCAAAAGGCACCUCAGAGAAGAGAAUGGGAGAGGGGUAGAAAGGCAGCACUAAGAGGUCCCUCAAGGAGGGAGAGAACAAAUACCAGGAGCACUGAAUGAGAUUUCCUUUGAAAUUGAUGAUGGCAAAGGUGUUUCAUAGAGCAUUUAUGUAUUUAUUUAACCAUCUGCUUGGUCACCAAUGGUGACAAGGAGAUGUAUGCAGGUGAGUGAGCUGGGGGGCUGCUGGGGGCUGAACACUCUGUCUCUCAUGUGGCAGCCCCCUUGUGGUUUUUUUUCUUUUUUUCUAAAAAAAAAUAUUCAAUUAUUACAGAAAUAGAGAGAACAAACAAAGGAAAAUGGAAAAAGACACUCUUUACACCCUUACCAUACAGAAAAUAAAUAAAGUUAUGAAAAUGAAAAACACAAAUGACUGCUGGGGGCUGAGCGCUCUGUCUCUCAAAUGGCAGCCCCUUGUGUUUUUAUACUGACUGUGGAGGAGACCUAGUCUAAGGUUGCCAUCUUUUAAAAAGUGAAAAUCAGGACACAAAAGUUGCUGGAGUGGUUUUUUUUUUGGGUGGGGGGCAGUUGUUGAAUAUUUUUGGGGAGGGCAAAGUUGUUGAGUUUUUGGAGGGGGAAGUUGUUUGUUUAGGGGUUUUUUUGGGCAAAAUUGCAAAAAAAAUUCACGUUUUGGAGCUUUUUUAAAGCAAAAUCGCCAAAAACGACACUGCCAACAUGGGUUGUCGUACGUCCGAAUUUUAAAUUUCUGUCUGGACACUGCUUCCAACUGCAGUAUUCCGAGUGUGUCCGGGAAAUUUCGGACGUAUGGCAACCCUGUUCUGGUUGCUAACCACAUUUUUACUCGGGUUUGGUACAGAUGGGAUGACAUGCUUCAUUUGUCCCGCUCCCCUCCAAGUAAAAAGCCAGCCUAGCAAUUUAUGUGUUUAUCAUGUGGCCUAGUAACUUGGGGGGGGGGGGCUGUUAAUUAAUUCAUGGUGCAUAAGAAGCAAAUGCAAAGAUACCUGCCCCAAGGAGCUCACAGUGUAAAAGUAUGCACAGGGGAAAGCUGCAAAUAGAUGGAAGCUGGGGACCAAGCUAGCCUUUUCCACUCCCUGAAGUGCUGACUGUUGUGUCUUCCUUCUCCCUCUCAUGUGCAAAACACAACAGUGCAAACUGCAGGACCCAGAAGGAAAGGGUCUUAUGGUGCGGGGAUGCCACACGAUGGAAGCAGUAAGAAGGGUCAGGUGGUGUGUAGGAUUCGGGCAAAGAAAUAUCAAUAGCAACUAGCGAUGCUGAUACAUUUUAAGAGCCUGGUCAGCUAAACAGAGGUGUAGUGGGGGGUGGAGGUGGGGGGGCAUGGCCCUGGCAGCACAAUUUUGAGGGGGCGCAAACCAGGCAUCUCCAUUCAGGGAUCCCUGUCUCACCCUGCCUGCUGCUGGGGGUCUCUGGGCUCCUAAUUCCAGGAUGGUCUCACUGUCACAUCCCUGGCCCCCUCGCUGAAUGGCUGAUUGGCCAGUGCUCACCCACUCCUUGCUUGGACAGUGAGCUGGCAUGGAGGUGGGCAAUGGGUGACCCCAGAGUGGCCUCCUCUCCACGGGCAUCAGGGGAAUUUGCCCACCAAGGGCUGCAUCGACCAGCUGGGCUUCCCCCUGCACAGGCAGGCAGGCAGGCAGGCAGUGCAGCACAGUCCCACUUGGUGCUGCUGGUGAGGGCUGGGCUGGCACAAUAGGCUCCGUUCAUCCUCCGUGGCCCCGGGCACCAGCAAACGCUGCUACACCACUGCAGCUAAAGUCCACUUUGGAAGAACAAUAGAGCCUCUUUUCAAAACACUUACUCCUGUAUCUUCAUUGUUAACCCCCCCCCACCCUUUCCUUUGUUGAAUAGUUUACGAGUCUAUUUUAUUUGUCACUGAACCUUUCUUCCUGUAACCCUUUUCAAAUGACCAUCCUAGCUUUGAACUCCUAGUAUCCAGUUUCUUUCUGCUAAUCCUUUCCUCAUCCCAUUAAACUGUUUUUUUCAAUUUAUGGUUGAUAUUUUGGGUGCUGUGAACAUGACAUUUCCCCCAUCCAACUGGCAGCCAAUGGAUUUUCAACAGGGAAAAUCCAAAAAUGGGAAGUAAAUCCAAUACAAAAAUCGCAUUGUGGGGGUGGGUUUUGGUGCCAUUUCUGUGGUCCCAUCGAUCCCUACACACACACACACACACACACACACACACACCCUUUCCAUUUUGCUUCUGUUGGCCAAUAGAAAAGGAUGCAGGUUCCUGGAAUUUUAAAAAUAAUUUUAAAAACAGCUCGCUUGUGCAGAAGAGAUGUUCCACAAAGGAGCUGUAUUUAAUAAUAAAAUAAUAAUAAUAAUAAAGUUUGCCCUUGCAGGGACACAAAACAGGGAAGGAAAGGGGGGGGGAGCGAGUGAUUCCACAUUGUUCCCUAACUCAGAGGGAGUGAGGCUUGUGCUAGGAGGGUUUCUGCACGUAUCGGGGAUUCAGCUGUUGGGGACAGCGUCCUGGCGGAAAUCCCUGAAAUGUCAGGGGAAAUCUGGACAUAUGGCAACCUCUAUCAGAAGUGGCUCAACAACUUUUGUGUCCGGAUUUUCACUUUCUGAAGUACGCGCAGAGAUUUCAUUGCAGGGCUCCCUGCUCCUACUCUGUUACUUGGCUAAAAUCAGAUUUUUCACCAUUCUGCUUCAGUGCAAGGUGGGACCACCUGAAACAAGCACAAUAGGUGUGCCUCCACCAUUUCUCCACAUUCAGCAGAAAGCUGCAGCAACGGAAGGGAAAUACGAUGAGGCCUGAUGGGGCAGGUGGUUGUCGGCUUAGAUUUGUUGUCCAGCUGUUGCUUCUUCUGCAGUAAAGGCAAGCCAGUUAGCUCAAGUUGUACUGGAGCCAGGAUUGAAGUGUGGAAGGGCAGCAAAAAAGCUCAGCAAAAUGCUCUCAAGUAAUUAAGACCGAUAAGGAAAUCGUUUAUCAAAAACUAUAUUUAACAAUAGGGUGAACAAGUUUCUAAAGCAAAAGGAGAUCCUUUUAAACAAAUAACAUGAAGAACAGAACUAGAGAAGGGGAAUGUGAAUCUGAGAGCAAAACAGGCACACCUAUUGGUCCAUGGCGGCCCACGAGAUAAAAUCCAAAGAGCGACAGCAGCAAAGUUCCUUUAUUAAGAUGGAUUGAAAGUAAUGAGCAAGCUUCCAAGUUCAUCAGAAUUCUUCUUCAGGGUGGAUGUUAACCAAAAAGAAAAGGGAAAGGGUGUGUGUGUGAUUGAACUGUUACUAGGCCAGUGGCAGAUUUAGGGGUUUGGCCACCCUGGGCAUGGAGCCUCGAGAAGCAAGGGACACCAAACUGGCAUCACACAGGGCACCGCGGAAAUUUGAGACCCCCAGAUCUGACUAGGCAAUAGACCUAAGAGGGAACAGAGGAUGUUUUCUUCAGACUUGAUUUGCUUAGGCUGUACACUUUGCAAAAAGGCCUCAGAGGCUGCAGUAGAAUAAUAGUCUCAGAGAACUGUAGAGGUGGAAAGGAUCAUGACUGCUUUCCCUUUGAAAUAAUAAAAGCCUACAGUUCCUGAGAGCCAGCUUAAUGGGAAAGAAGAAUGGGGCAAGAUGGUAACUCUGAGGUACCUCCCGGCCCUCUCGUUGGCCAGUCCAGCAAUGCGAAUUGAACCAGAAGUCAGAUACCAGAGAAUCUAGGGCUCCUGUUGCCCAUAUAAACCUCCUGGCUGAUUAUUCUGGGCAGCCUAAAGUGAAGCAUAUGGUAGCCAGUUUGCCCUCACAUGGCCUGAAUAUGAAGGGCCAGGAGGGUUUACUGAAUGCAUCUUGGACCAAGACCCCUUCUCCACAUCUUCUCUUCUCUCUCCUCUGCCUAGGUGGGUGGGUGCUAGGCUAGAUGAUCAAUGUCACGGGUCAGAUCGCAGGCCACGCCAAACACGUAUAGCGCAAAAGGGACAAAUGAAAGGGGGAAAGCUUUGGGCAAGAAGAGAGUGAUGAACCAUGCCAACCUGCCCUUUCCCCAAAAAAGCUACCAUCACCCAGCUGCAUUUUUAUGGUGGCUUCUGGGUCCCAACCAGAGGAAAAGCAGGUCAAGGAAAGGGGUGCUUGGGGAAAUGAUGUUGAUCAGGAAAACCAAGCAGGUGUCAAGUGAGAGAAUACAGGCAGUUUUCUGCAGCCAGUGGGUGGGGAUGCUGAACCAAUCUCAAGGUUGUGGGUUGGAGCCCCACGUUGGGCAAAAAGAUUCCUGCAUCGCAGGGAUUUGGACUAGAUGGCCUUUGUGGUUCCUUCCAGCUCCAUGAUUCUAUUACUUUAACUGGGCCGCAUGAAAAUGCCUGUACCUGUUUGGUUUUGGGAACAGGUUUUACAUGCAACAGUUUAAAUAUCCUCCCCCAAAUCUAGGCCAGGGACUCUUUGCUUCCAUCUAUAGCUGAUGCUCUUAAAUAGCAGGAUAGAUGCAUACCCUUCCUCCAGGACGAAUAUAAUUCCAGAGUGAGACAGGAUCCUUCCCUUACCAACUAGGACAUAUGAAGGUUAAAGGCCCUCUAAUGGAGGAUCCCCUUUGGUUCAUAUUGGGUUUACUAGGGAUGGCUACUCUCCUGGCUUGACCAAUCUGGGAAGAGCAGUUGCUUGGUUCCAAUGGUGUUUCCCUGGGUGAAGUUCUAGGAGUCACAAAUGUGUGGGAAUCCUCAUUUGCAGCAGUGGAGUCAAGGUUCUUAGCAGGCAUCUAUGCCUGCAACAUACUUAAACAGAGCUGCAGUGGUUUGGAGAAGCCAAAAAGAAGAAGAAGCCAAGUGUUAUCCCCACCCCACCCCCUCGCCUAUUUUAUUGUUGCCUUGGCUCUUCUUCAAGGUGCCUGUCCACUUGAGUUCCUGUGGGUUCUGAGGCAAAGUGGCAUAGCCUCCCCUCUCCCAAGGCCAUCAAUUCCUGUGUCCCCUGGCUGGUCUUCUACAUCCCUGGCUCUGUGCCGUGAUUGGUGCUCAUGUUAGUUAGACUCCUGUCCUCCAAUGGAGAUGGAGAGGAGAGCAGACCAUUGAUUUCAAAGGGAAUGUUCCAACGGGUACCAGACCUUUUGUAGCUUUACCCCAACAAGGUAGGGGGAGGGAGCACAUUCUGAGCAAGCAUAACUCCGUGGCCAUGCUCUGCUCCAACCCCACCAUGUCUCCACCUCCACCCCUUUGAGCCACCAACAUAGGGGCUCCACCAGCACAACGAUGGUAGAACCACUGCGCUAAUACAUUUUCAGGCUCUGCCGGUGCCAGUGGAAUUAAGAAUGGUACUAUUCCCAAUCAGAAGGUGUAUGUCAAGAGAACAAUUGUACAAGAAGAGAUCUUGGGUUAUGUCCCUCCAUCUCCAGAUGGCUCUUUCAUCAAUAAUAAUAUUAUUUAUACCCCACACAUAUUAAAAACACGAUAAAACAUCAAACAUUAAAAACUUCCCUAAACAGGGCUGCCUUCAAAUGUCUUAUAAAUAAGUCAGAUAGUUGUUUAUUUCCUUGACAUCUGAUGGGAGGGCGUUCUACAGGGCAGGCUCCACUACCAAGAAAGCCCUCUCCCUGGUUCCCUGUAGCUUCACUUAUCGAAGUGAGGGAACUGCCAGAAGGUCCUUGGCGCUGGACCUCAGUGUCUGGGCUGAAUGAUGGGGGUGGUGACGCUACUUCAGGUAUACUGGGCCGAGGCCGUUUAGGGCUUCAAAGGUCAGCACCAACACUUUGAAUUGUGCUCGGAGGGGGGCAUUCCAUGUUUGUGCAGAGGGACAGAACCGGAUAGGCACCAGUUCCAGUUUGCUUAAAGUCCCCUCUGGGCUUCCUUUCCUCUUGCCCUGCCAUGCGUAGACCUAUUACGUGGCUCCUGUAAGUGACAUUGGCAGUGAUCCACUGUACACAAUUUCUGCAUAACCAUGACUGAUUUGUGGUUUUUAUUCAUUCUUAAAUUCUUUAUCACCAAAUUCCAGACCUUUACCCUAUAGGUGUCUUUCUCUUCCUUGGGUAAAUACCUAUGACGAUGUUAUUUUGGGCUGGUCACUUUCCUCCAGGGUCAUUCAUUUUCCUUGAGGAAAUACCAGACAGCUGCUAUUGUGAUUGCCGCUUGCCAUCGGCAGGCAAAGUGCUUAUUAAUGAAGCAUGAGUAAGUGACGGGAAAAAGAAGAAAAGGAUCUGUCCCCACCUGACCUUCUGCUGGAAUCUUGGUUUCCUGUAACUGCAGGGCAGGAGAGGUCAAAAAUUCUGCAGCUGCUUCAGCUUCUCUGGUGUUCCAGGAUCCUGGCUCAGAACUCCAGGAUCCUGUGGUUGCUGAGUCAGUCGUUGCACUAUGAACAUUGCACUUACUGUUUAGCGAAAAGGUGAUUACGGCAGCAGUGCAACAGACCUUUUAUAUUUAUCUUAUACUACUGAGAUAAAGCUACUGGACGUGAUAAGAGAACAAAGAGAACAAAUAUUAAUAUUGGUGCGCGCACACCGGCACUCUCCUUUUCACAUUCCAGAGUCACUUUGGCCCAGGUUAAAUUUGAGAUUUGUACUCGUUGAACCCUUCAGUAAAUUUUGUCAUGUAAAUUAAUUUACUUAUGCUUGCAAAUACUCUUAAUUAGCCACUGAAUGGUUAAAAGGGCAUAUUCUUUUGUUAUCAGGGCUUUGUAGUUAAUAGUUCCCCUCUGCUUUUUUAAAAUUUCCCCAGAGACUCCCCAAAAUACAUUAUGGAAAUCUGUAUUCCCAUACAUACACCACGGUUGCCGGAAGGAGACAUACAAGGCAGCAUCCAACCACCUUAGGGACUCCACUUAGGAUUUGUAUAGGGUUUACUCUUUAGCCUUUUCUUCUCCUGAAGAUAUCCCACAACGCAGUGGAGGUUUAGGAUCAGAGUUUUCCUUCUCCUAGAUGGGCUGCCUGUCUUCACAUGCAAGGAAAGUACUUAAGUCACCGAGGGUUUGAGACCCAUCAACAACCCUCACCUGGUUUAGCCAGCAAUCAAAGUAUUUUCCUGGGGUGUGGCUGCUGUCGCAGGCUGAUAGCUUCUAGGAACCCACCCUGAAUGCAGGGUGGGGACCAAUGGUGGACAAACUAUUCCAGAAGGAGCAUGACGUGGUACUACCCCUGCCCUAACAACCCAUACAUCCAACUUAUACACAUCUGUAAAACACAUUAUUAUUAUUAAGUGAUAUUAUUAAGUUAGUAUAAACCUUUGGAAUUGAUCUUUGGUUUUCUGGAAAACUCUUAAAUGAAAUGAAGCACCACCAGUCUCCCACAAAGAUAUCUUUGUUCUUUGUUCUUCCCAGCCUUCAUUUGUGAGUCAAAUUUUCCAUAAGGGCAAUAGGCCAUACUCUCUUGUACAACUGCGGUUUAUAGCUUAACCAACAACAACAUACCCAAAACAGAGCUCCUUCUCCCUAUAAAUUUCAACAACAUUAUGGUUGUGUUCAACAAAGUUCAACAUAGAGUAUAUCCACUGAAAUGAAUGGGCCUAAGAUAGUUACGUCCAUUAAUUUAAAUGAGUCUACUCUGAGUAUUACUAAGGUUGGAUCCAACCCAUCCUCUGAGAGAGACACAAAAGCUGUCAUAAGAUUCUGAGAUAGAAUUUAGCAAUCAUUAAACAAUUCCACCAAACGUUUAUAAAGUCUGCCAUUUUAGCAUCACAUGUACACCAUGUAAGCUAUUCCUGUUUCAGAAGAAUAACUUAGCGCUCUGAACGUGUUGAGACUACCUGUAUUGCUCAAUUUGCCUCCUGCACCUACUGAAUUUUUGUUUGUGCUGCUGCUCUUUCGGUGCAUUCUAACCUUUUUAUGGCCUAAUUUGGAAAUACAGGGAGGAAUUCCAUGUAGCACAAUGGCAAUUGUUCCAUCAGUGCAAGCUUUUCAGCUUACCAGACACCCUGGCACACACCCAGCUGGGCACUUUACCCAGAACUUGUGUUUCCUUUUGGAAGUGAGCCUAUGAUGGAGAGGGCCGGAGCAUAAUCACCCCAAGAAGUUAUUGUUUCUCCCGUAGCCACAGCCGUGGAUCCCAGCAGAAAUCAAACAUCAUGCUCUCCCUCUGUGCCUUUCCAUCCUGCAGCUUUUCCUCUAGUUCACACCACAGUCCCCAAAACGUUAACUUUGUCUUUCUAGCUGGGGGAGGGGCCCCACCCAUUUGCUGUCUCAGACAGAGCCCCUUCCCUUUCUUUUCCUUUAAUGGCUCAUCACCCAGGUGAUUACCUCAUCAGGAAGCUGGUCUGGCUUCUAGUUUAACACUUACUGGAUCCAGGAGUUCAGGAGUCUGGCACCCAUAAACUCAUAUAACACUUUAUUCGGAUUCCAAUGGAUCUGUAAAUAGAUGGGUUGAGUGAAUAAUGCCAAUCCCUGAGAGUGCAUAUUUUCCUUCCAGAAACAGAUUGCAAGGGCAAGAAGGCAGGUGUUAUGAGCAGGUCUUGAGUGUGUCGGCAGUUGGCAGACUGAUUCUCCGUGUGCCCAGCCUGAUCCCCAAAGCUCCCCUUGUGUGUGUGUGCACGCGCGCGCGCGCACACACACACACACACACACACACAGAGAACAGAAUUCACCUCCCUUUCACUGGGCUUCUCUUUUUCAGGUUGUCUUUGGAAACAGGACAGAGCUGGCCAGGAUCUCUCCCCUGCUCACAUACAGUCUGCAAGUGCCCUCCUCCUGCCCACCAAAAGUAUGGAAGGUGCCAGGAAGAUGUUCAUGACCCAGCUGCGGAAUUUGCCCACCGUGGUCCUCUUCAUUUUCUCCUCUGCUUUCCUUUUCCUACUUGUUGCGAAGAACGAAUGGGAGUCUCUCGAGACGCUUUCCUCACUGCCCGACAUCAAGGUCAAGGGCGGCCCAGAUUCUGCAGACAAUCGUAAGAGUGCCACGGUAUUUGAAUGGGAAUCUGCAGUGCAGAGGACAAAGGAGACCAAGCCCUCUGGUCUGAUUUCACCACCACAACCAGUGGCCAAGCGGCAUCCCUUAGAGGUUGUCUAUUCCACUGAUUAUAAGUUCCUUCUCAACGAGCCAAAGAAAUGCCGGGAGAGGAGCCCUUUCUUGAUCCUGCUGGUGAUAACUGAGCCCCAGGAUUUUGCCACGAGGCAGGCCAUCCGGCAGACGUGGGGCAACGAGAGCUCAGUGCCUGGGGUUUCCAUUCUUCGUCUCUUUCUGACGGGUGUCCACCCAAAAUUUGGAUAUCCUCUCCAGGCCCUUUUGGAAGAGGAGAGUUCCAUCCACAAAGACAUUAUUCAGCAGGACUUCCUGGAUACCUACAACAACCUUACCCUGAAGACUCUGAUGGGCAUGGAGUGGAUAAGCAAGUUCUGCCCCAAUGCCACCUAUGUGGUGAAGGCAGACAGUGACAUCUUUCUCAAUGUGAACUUCAUGGUGUCCCAGCUGCUGCAGCCUCACCUGCCACCCAAGAAGAACUACAUGACAGGGUACAUCUACUGGAAAACAAAGCCACUGCGUGACAAGGCCUACAAAUGGUAUGUGCCACGGGCGGUGUACCCAAAUGAGACCUACCCGCCCUACUGCGCAGGCCCAGGGUAUGUGUUCUCUGCGGAUCUGGCCAAGAAGAUCUACCAGGUAGCAAAGACCAUCAGGGUCAUUAACAUGGAAGAUGCCUUCAUGGGAAUCUGCCUGUAUGAGCUGGGCAUCAGCGUGACAGAAAGCCCCUGGGGUCUCUUCAACGUGUACAAAGUCAAGUAUGAGAAGUGCAAGUUCUCCAAGGUGGUGGUGGUGCAUCACUACGGGCCAGAGGAGCUGCUGCAGAUUUGGCCUGGCUUUCAGGACCAGAACCAGACUUGCAAGAGUUAAAAGUGAGGGAGGUGAACAGACACACAGCCUCUUGUGGAGAAGUUGGCACAGAGGACUGGCAACAUGCGGGCAUGUUCCUGUACAAUGGACAAAUCCAUGCCAACAAAUUGCAAUGGGGAAAGGGAAGGAUGGCUCAGAGAAGAAGGAAGAUUCUGUGCUUGUCAACAUCAGUAUUUAUGCCCUCAGAAGCGAGCUGGUCCCACAUAACAUGCUCAUCAUGCCGUGUGGUUCGUUCCCAUUCACACUGCUCUCCUCCCCAUAGAAUCUCUGCAGCUUCCCAUAGCAGCUUGUUUGGUCUGCUCUGAACUGACCAUUGUGCUACUAAUGUGCCAAAUUGACAACCUCAGAGUUUUGAGAUCAUCACAGCCACCACCUCACCUACUGGAAGAGAGCAACCCUCAGGCCAUGCAGAUGUGGCACUACGUAGGGUUGCCAUAUAUCCAGGAUUUCCCGGCAAUAUCCUCUUUUGGGGGUCCUACAUGCCCAUCCAGGGGGAAUUUUACAUUUUAAAGCAAUUGUUCAGGAUUUUGGGUUUUUAAAUAUAUAAAUUUUUUUUGUGUGCAAGCAGUUCUGUAUGUUUACCUCUUGAAAUAUGGCAACUAAAACAAUUUUUGUGUCUGCAAACCCUACACUAGGGCAAUGCAGAGUUCACCUUUUCCAACAUGUUGAAGUGCAGCCUGGUCAUCUUUAGAAUAAUUUAAAGCAGAUCAGUAGAAGUUUCCUUCACAGUAGGAAGCCAUACUCCACAUAGGACCUGCCUCUUUGGGUUGUUGCCAGUUGUGCAAAAGACUUAUUUGUCAUCUUCUGUUGCUUUUUCAUAUAUAUAAAUAUAUAUGCACACACACAUACACUGUUUUCAAAGAGCUUCUCCCAAGACACAACGCAGCAUUAUUUAUACAUGAAUCACCAUAAAGACGUUAACCCAGCCAUUCCCUGUUCUCUUUGAAGGAUGAGAUAAGGUUGAAAAGGAGGGAAAAGGUAAAUCCUCAACCAGGGAAGAGCAUUCAGAAAAAGCACCGUAUUUUUCACUCUAUAAGACGCACCAGACCAUAAGACGCACCUAGUUUUGGGGGGAGGAAGAACUGCCCAGAACCCCCCCAACCCUAAAACACCUGCACCCCGCAAAACAAAUAAAAAACAUUAGAAAGCAGGCAGCACAUAUCAGCCAACCCUCCCCUAAGCCAAAAGAGCCUAGUUCAUCAUUAAAAAUUGGUAGGGGCUGGGGGGUCUUAAUGGGCCUUGUAGUGCCCUUGGAGCUACACUGGGGAUCCCAAGAACAGACUUGAUUUUUUUGACUGAAUGCCUUUUUCACUUGUCUUAUAAUUUUGGUCGGAGACUUAAAUGCCUGUGUAAGAAAAACCCUGUUGUUCCCUAUUUAAUUCAUAUAAUCUAUGUCUUUUGUAUUAUUAUGAUUUUAUUAAACUGAUUUAUUUAU